AUGAAGAACGCUCUGGGUCUCGGGCUGCUUUGUUUGCUCCUGUGGCCUGAGCCUGCAGAGGCUCAGUUUCCUCGAGUGUGCUGCACGGUGGAGGGGAUCGUGUCCAAGCAGUGCUGCCCUGCUCUGGGACCAGAUGCUGCUAAUGUGUGCGGAUCUCUGUCGGGGAGAGGAAGCUGCAUGGCUGUUCGAGUCGACAACAAACCCUGGGGAGGACCGUACAGACUGAGAAAUGUGGACGACAGAGAGAGGUGGCCCACCAAAUUCUUCAAUCAGACUUGUAGAUGUACUGGUAACUUUGCAGGGUUUGACUGUGGUCAGUGUAAAUUUGGCUGGACUGGACCAAACUGUGACCAGAGGAAAGCCCCCAUAGUACGGAAGAACAUCCACUCCCUGACCCCCACAGAGCUGCAGGAGUUCCUCGAUGUCCUGGAACGCUCUAAGACCACCACCCACCCAGACUACGUGAUCGCCACACAACACUGGCUGGGACUCCUGGGACCAAAUGGAACCGAUCCCCAGUUUGCCAACAUCUCCAUCUACGACUUCUUUGUCUGGCAACAUUAUUACUCUGUCCGGGACACUCUUCUGGGUCCUGGUCGUCCCUUCAAAGCCAUCGACUUCUCACACAAAGGACCAGCAUUCAUCACCUGGCACAGAUAUCACCUCCUCAGCUUGGAAAGAGAGUUACAGAGACUGACCGGCAACGAGAACUUCGCCGUCCCUUACUGGAACUUUGCCACGGGGCAAACUGAGUGUGACGUGUGCACCGACUCUCUGCUGGGGGGCCGAAACCCAGACAACCCGUCUCUAAUCAGCAACCAGUCCAGAUUCUCCAGAUGGGGGGUGGUGUGUGACAGUUUGGAUGAGUACAAUCGUCUGGUGACUCUUUGUAAUGGCACCAGUGAGGGUCCCAUUCAGAGAGGGAUAAUGGAAAGAGCAAACUCAUCUCUGCCCACGAUGACCGACGUCAGAAGCUGUCUUGGAAUCAGAGACUUUGACAGCCCUCCGUACUUCACCAACUCCUCCUUCAGUUUCAGAAAUGCUCUUGAAGGGUACGACAAACCAGACGGAGAACUUGAUGAAUCGGUCAACAACCUUCACAACCUCGUGCACUCCAUGCUCAAUGGAACCAGCGCUUUGUCUCACUCCGCAGCCAACGACCCCAUCUUUCUGUUGCUCCACGCUUUCACUGAUGCCAUCUUUGACGAGUGGAUGAGAAGGUUCGUUCCAUCCAACGCCACCUUCCCAGAUGAGAUGGCCCCCAUUGGUCACAACAGGGACUACAACAUGGUUCCCUUCUUCCCUCCCAUCACCAACGAGGAGAUUUAUGUUACAUCAGACCAGCUGGGAUACUCCUAUGCCAUUGCCCUGGAUGAAGCAGAUGGAGGGCCGGGUGUAUUUGUGCUGGGCUCCACUCUGGGGGGAGUCUUCAUCGGUCUCCUGGUGCUUCUCCUUAUCUUUGUGCUCUACCUGCGUCAACGGAGAAACAGAGGCUUUGAACCUCUGAUAAAAGCAGACUUCACAAAUAGAAAAUACACAGAGGAAGCCUAGAUUCCCCCCGUUGUUUUGAAACACACUUCAGUACUUACACAUACCUGAGAGAGACGGAGCAGCCAAUCACCAAUGUUUUGUAGGCCCCACUGUGAUGCAAGAGGAAGAUAUUAAUCCUGUAUCUGAGCUACACCUGUACUUUUUAGAUAUUAAAUCUAAUUUCAUAAAAGAACAAUUAUGUAAAUCAUGUAAUACCCAUUGAAAAAAUAUUAACAUAUUAAGACCAAUCAAAAUGAAUGUAUAUUUUAACUUUAGCAUU